AUGGUCGCUUUUCCGGCCAUGGCCUCCAUGGGGUCUUCAUUUAUGCAAGCCGUGACCGAGCCCGAUCUCUCCGCCAUGGACGUCAUCAGUCCCCCAGACGAAAACGUUGGUCCCACGCUUGUCGUCACGUCGUCCGUCCUCAUGUUUCUCGUUUUUGUGACCACGACGCUUCGGCUUCUCGUCCGCGCCCGAAACCGCAUGCUCGGCUGGGACGACCUGACCAUUGCACUCGUCGCCAUCCUCUCCGCCACGCGUCUCGGAUGCCAGAUUGCGCAGGUGCACUUUGGCGACGGCCGCCACCGGAGCUACAUUGACGCCAGUGAUUACCAAACAGCCAACCGAUUCGGGUGGUACGCGCUGCUGCUCUUCUUCGUGGCCAUUUGCCUUAUGAAGAUUUCGAUCUGCUUACUGCUUCUGCGGAUCAAGAACGAGCGGUGGCUGCGGUGGCUGAUUUAUGGGAUGGUGGCCGGAUUGCUGGCGACCAACGGCGGCGUGGUGAUCAUCCUGCUCGCCGAGUGUCGUCCGGUCGACGAGUAUUGGAACAACAUGGGCGCAUGCUGGGACCCGCGGGUGCGUGUGUUUAGCAUCUACCUGACGAUUGGGUACGCCGUCCUAACGGACCUGCUUUGUUCCUGUCUGCCGCUCGUGGUCAUCUGGAGAGUUCGCAUUCCGCUCAAGUCGAAGAUGCUCGUCUGUGGGCUCAUGAGUCUGGGGCUGCUCGCAACCGGCUGCGGUAUUGGGCGAGCCGUCUCUCUCAGUAUCAUGACAACGGACUUUACCUGGGCCUUUUGCAUAACAGAGAUCUGGGCCAAUUGCGAGCUCUUCGUUGGCACCAUCGCAGCCAAUCUUGCCUUGUCUCGCUCCUUCUAUGUCUAUUUUUUCGAAGACGACCGUUCAGCUCACAGUGGGAGCGGAGGCGGUGGAGGUAGCGGUGGAGGCAAUGCGGCACACAAUGGCAGAGCCGGAAGUGGCCGCGGCAGUGGUCCUCGAGUCGCACGGCUCUCCUCAUGGCCUGGCAAUCUUGAGCAACCUUCACCUGCCGUGGUCCUGGAGACACCGAAGCUGGCGAUAUGGAAGGAAUCGAAACAAUAUCAGCAGCCACACAGGCAGUCUGGAACGACACCAUAUCUUCCGUCGCCAGUCAUCCUACUCGCCAAGUCGAAUACCUGGCUUAAACGGAUCACGCUCUCAGACGGCGACCUCGGAGGCAACCCCCGCAACGGGGGGGAGGUGUUGUUUUGGAGACCUCAAUCGAUACACUCAACGAACGAUCCAAGCACAGAAAAGGAGACGCCCUCGAUGUCCCACGACAAGGGGAAAAUGAUGGUCGUUGGAGUGAUGCCAAUGCAAAGUCAUAGCGGAAGCAUAACCACCCUGGAAGAUGGUGUCGUCGCUCGAAAUAGCGAGGGUGCUGGCCAGCGCGGCAAUGACUCUUCGGCGGGUGUCGUUACAAGAGGUCGCGGACGUGCGCUCGAUCGUGGGGAAGCGCGAAGCUACACACGGGACGGUAGAAGCAUCAGCAGCAGCACCACGGUGGCCAGCCGUCGGCGCAGCAGUCUCUACUAUCACCACCACCUGAGCAAACAGCAUCCAUACGGCGGCGGCGCAGCUGCUGCAAGACCAUGGCCCUCAACCGUGGAAGUGGAAGCAACGGCGUCUGCUGGUGAAAACAGCGGCAUGCCAGCCGGUGUGGGUGUUAUCGAGAAGCGGACCGAGUUCUGGAUCUCCGAGGAGGAGCUCGACCGGGGUGACUUUGACGACCAAGAGGAAGCAUUUGCCGAAAGUGCCAAGGAAUGCACCGACAACACUGCCGAAAACACCGCGCCGGGCAACGAGAGCAAGGACACCACGCCGCAAGCCUCUGCCGCAUAUCUUUCUCGGGGCCGGACCGUCUCGAACGCAUCUACAGCAACGGCCGUGGACACAAAUAGGGACGCAGAUGUGAGCAGCUCGAGUGGAAGCAGCACUAAUCAUAAUCAUGGGAGCGAAGAUGAUCUAGAGCUCGGACUUCACCCGCCGCCGCGGGCGCAUCUCUCGUGA